AGUAAUGCUGCCAUUAUUCAUGAGAGCAACUCUACUAAGUCAACGCUUGUGUCACUCAAGAUACAGGUCCCAUUUCAUUCGUAUGCAUAUGUAUGCUCAUCACUUUUCAUCAUUUUUUGAAAAGACGAUUGUUUUGAAAGGUUGUUGCCUAACCAUGAAAGAUGCUGGGAUUCUUGGCCUCCUCAGGAGAAGAAUUCAAUCCGGGGCCAGUGAUGAGGCUUGAUCACUCAGAGCUUUUGUAUCACAAAGUUUUAUUAAAGUAUAAAAGAGCCGCGUGGGGUCGACGCGGGACUUGACCGGCAUGGCGUUUCGGCAGGCGCUACAGCUGGCGGCCUGCGGCCUGGCAGGGGGCUCGGCCGCGGUGCUCUUCUCGGCUGUGGCAGUGGGGAAGCCCCGCGCGGGCGGGGACGCGGGGCCGCGCGUGGUCGAGCCCCCCGGCGUGGGCGGGGGCCGCGCGCCCGGGGCCCGGCGUCUGGGACCCCAACUGGGACAGGAGAGAACCACUGUCCUUGGUCAACCUGCGGAAGAAGAGCCUAGAGCCUGGAGAAGAAGAGCUGACAUCCAGGCUGGACCACUGCAAGGCCAAGGCCACACGCACAUCUUCCUCAUCAGGCACUCCCAGUACCACGUGGACGCCUCCCUGGAGAAGGACCGCACGCUGACGCCCCUGGGUCGUGAGCAGGCUGAACUAACUGGUCUGCGACUUGCAAGCUUGGGGUUGAAGUUUAAUAAAAUCGUCCAUUCCUCCAUGACCCGUGCGGUAGAAACCACUGACAUCAUCAGUAAACACCUGCCAGGCGUCUGCAAGGUCAGCACAGACCUGCUGAGAGAAGGCGCCCCCAUCGAGCCCGACCCCCCUGUUUCUCACUGGAAGCCGGAGGCUGUGUAUUAUGAAGAUGGAGCGCGGAUCGAGGCCGCCUUCCGGAACUACAUCCACCGGGCAGACGCCAAGCAGCAGGAGGACAGCUAUGAGAUCUUCAUCUGACAUGCCAACGUCAUCCGCUACAUCGUGUGCCGGUGAGGGGUCCUGCUGGGUGCCCUUGGCCCUGCUCCCCCUCCUGCCUGCCUGUGCCUCCAGAGUUUCCUCCAGGUCCAGCUGGUGGUCUGGUAGAGUGGCUUUCAGUCCAGUUUUCUCAUGACUGUGUGUUUUUGGUGGGAACAGACCAGACCAAGUGUCCUUCGUCGGCAGUCUUUCCUGGGCGAUGUUGUGGUUGCUUGGUUCAGGUGCUAUGCGCCGGCUGUUCACAUUGCGAAGUCAUAGUUUAUAUGCCAACACCCCGUUUCCCUGACAUGCAGUGACUGGUUUGGCACCUGUCGCUGGAUCAUGCCACUGUGGUUACUCAAAAAAAAAAAAAAAAUUAUAAAAGAGAGAAAGCUUCUGACAUAGACAUCAGAAGGGGGCAGAAAGAGUGCCCCCUACUCGUCUUUAGCUGGAUGUUAUAUAGCUACUAGCAGUCUAGUAAUUAGAGAAAGGAAUGGCAGCAGGCUGCUCAUUCACAAGAUACAUGGAGAUGGCACCAGGUGAGUCAUCCUGGGCCAUAAAACGAUUGACAUGAGCAAAUAUAUAGCUUCAUUAACAUAGAUUAGGAGAAGAAUUUAUGAGUAAAGCAUAUUGGCUUGUCAAGUCAGUUCUGAGCCUUUAGGCAGAACCUACUUGAAGAUAGUGUCUAGGGUAAAUACAUAGUACAUUCACAUAGCUUAAGGCAAACAUUUCCAUAAGAAAAAUGCCUUGGUUAGCUCAAGAUUUGAGAAAAGUUAAGUUCAGGUGGAACCAAGUGUCAUUAUAG